GCCUCCCUGCCUGCUUCCCCCGGGGGCCGGGACUGCGUCGGCAGGGGCUGUCGCCGCGGCGCUGGGGCUGCUGGUGUGCAGGGCAGCGACUUCUAGACCUGCGAGCGACAUGCAUUUCGCCUCAGAUGUGUUCCUAAGUUGAAAACCUUCCAUGCGAGAGGAUUUGAAGAAACAGAAUAAAAAUUCCUACGGGCUUUAAAUUAAAAUGGAAAAAUAUGAGAACCUUGGAUUGGUUGGAGAAGGGAGUUAUGGAAUGGUGAUGAAGUGUAGGAAUAAAGAUAGUGGAAGAAUUGUGGCCAUCAAGAAGUUCCUAGAAAGUGAUGAUGACAAAAUGGUUAAAAAAAUUGCUAUGCGAGAAAUCAAGUUACUAAAGCAACUGAGGCAUGAAAAUUUGGUGAAUCUGUUGGAGGUGUGUAAGAAAAAAAAACGAUGGUACCUAGUCUUUGAAUUUGUUGACCACACAAUUCUUGAUGACUUGGAACUCUUUCCAAAUGGACUAGAUGACCAAGUAGUUCAAAAGUAUUUGUUUCAGAUUAUUAAUGGAAUUGGAUUUUGUCACAGUCACAAUAUCAUACAUAGAGAUAUAAAGCCAGAGAAUAUAUUGGUCUCCCAGUCUGGCGUUGUCAAGUUAUGUGAUUUUGGAUUUGCACGGACACUGGCAGCUCCCGGAGAGGUUUACACUGAUUAUGUGGCAACUCGAUGGUACAGAGCUCCAGAACUACUGGUUGGUGAUGUCAAGUAUGGCAAAGCUGUGGAUGUGUGGGCCAUUGGUUGUCUGGUAACUGAAAUGCUCAUGGGGGAACCCCUGUUUCCUGGAGACUCUGAUAUUGAUCAGCUUUAUCUUAUUAUGAGGUGUUUAGGUAAUCUAAUUCCAAGACACCAGGAGCUGUUUUAUAAAAAUCCUGUGUUUGCUGGAGUAAGGUUGCCUGAAAUCAAGGAAUCAGAACCUCUUGAAAGACGCUAUCCCAAGCUCUCUGGAGUUGUGAUAGAUUUAGCAAAGAAAUGCUUACAUGUUGACCCAGACAAAAGGCCCUUCUGUGCUGAGCUCCUACACCAUGAUUUCUUUCAGAUGGAUGGGUUUGCUGAGCGGUUUUCUCAGGAACUACAGAUAAAAGUACAGAAAGAUGCCAAAAAUAUAUCUUUAUCUAAAAAAUCCCAGAACAGAAAGAAGGAAAAGGAAAAGGAUGAUUCCUUAGGUGAAGAAAGAAAAACACUAGUGGUACAGGAUACCAAUGCUGACUCCAAAUUUAAGGAUUCUAAAGUAUUUAAAAUAAAAGGGUCAAAAAUCGAUGGAGAAAAAGUUGACAAAGGCAAUAGAGCUUCAAAUGCCAGCUGUCUGAAUGACAGUGGGACAAGCCACAUCAAAGCAGUGCCUCCCACAAGCCUCAGAGACUGCAGCAAUGUCAGUGUGGAUCACACAAGGAAUCCAGGCAUGGCCAUUCCCCCCCUUACGCACAAUCUUUCUGCAGUUGCUCCUGGAAUUAAUUCUGGAAUGGGGACUAUCCCAGGAGUUCAGAGUUACAGAGUGGAUGAAAAGACUAAGAAGUAUUGUAUUCCAUUUGUUAAGCCAAAUAAACAUUCUCCAUCAGGCAUUUAUAAUAUGAAUGUGACCACACCAGUCUCUAGUGAAAAGAACCUCCUUCAGGCAAACAAGAAAAGAGGGGAGUACUCCAAGACAGAUGUCCGUUUGCCUGAACUAAACUAUAAUCAUCUCCCUGAACUAAGAGCCUUGGAAGGCAUCGCUCGAAAUUCUAGGCUCAUAAGAAAGGAGAACAAAAUUCUUUUAGAAUCUCGAAUUCCUUCUCUGGCUGCCAUUGAUCUGCACACAUCCAACAUUACAGUACAUCAGGUGUCAGGAUCUCCCCUGUCAGAUGGUUCAGAGGCCGAUUCGCCUUGGAUGGAGCACCAGCACUGAAGAUCACGUGGUGGUUCUGAUCUGGAUGCUGCUCUAGCUCUUGGGAUGCCACCCUCUUCCAACAAAGAUGCUGAUAUCCUAGGAGGAGAGAUGAGCGCUUUUGAGGGUUUUCUUCUGAACUGCUUUGUGUUUUCUAAGAAAGGCUUUGCAGAAGAAGGAACAACAAAGACUUUGAGAUGUUUCAAAAGAAGAUUGAACAAGUACUCAUCCACUGUUAUCCCAUCACCUUUCAAGUCCACUGAUGCUAUUUCAAGAUGUAUCUAGAAAGAGGGGUGAUGUGAUUCUUGUUACAUGAAUGUGUAUUUGCUGUUAGAAAAUUGUGUAUUUAAAGUUAUGUAAGAUUGAAAGUGAGUGAGAAAGAAGAGAGAGAUUACAAAAUGUCAUGCAUUGAACUUUGUGUUAUCUGUAUAAAUGUAAGCAUUUAUGUGGGAGUGGGCUUGAUGGGGGGUGGUAAGAAAACUGGGAUCAGUAAGAGAAAUUGUUUCCUUUACCCUAACUUAACUCCAAAAAUAUACUUUAAAAAAUCUCACUUGUUUUUAGGCAGAAAGGGAUGUAAGUAACUGCCAUCCAUGGAAAGAUGAAUAUCUUUUAGUUUCUGUGAUUACUGCUGAUGUUUGGUCAGUGUGUUGUGACCUCUGUACUGGUAUAAGAACUACUAUAAUGCAAAUCUGGCAGUGAAACCUUUUAUUUCUAAUGAUUUAGUGCAAGUCUGACAUGGAGAGUCCUCUGUAUUUUAAGAUUCUGGUGCUAAAUGUUCCUGUGCGGAAGAACAUAAUUGGAACAAAAGUGGAGGAGGAGGGGUUUGUACUGAAAAAAAGAAGUAUACACACGAGAUAGGAGAUGGGGUGACCUGUGGGUCAGAAUGAACUACUUUUCUCUGGGCAGUUGUUGUUGGACCGCUCAGCCAAGGAGGCUUUGGGAUUGCACUCUUACCCAUUGAUAGUUUGAGAGUGAGACUAGCAAAGGAGUUCUUGUCCUUUUGUUCCUUAAACAUUUAGGCCUUCCCAAAAGCUUUUCACCAGAGUGCAAAGUCAUUUAUCUGCAUUCCAAACAUCUUUUCUAAUGUGAGGGUCCACACAUUUUUAGUUAGGGGUUAAAACAAUUUGGCCCCAGAUUCUUGAUUUCUGAGUUUUCAGCUAUGCUCUGCAUUUAUCGUUUUAGAGAAUAGUUGUUAAGGGAACCAGAAUUUGUGUGAGUUUUUUGCCUUAACUGAUUAAUAGUGAAUUGUUUUUUCCAAAGGCUAUUGACUGUAACUUAGCCCAUGAAUUUAACUAAACUUUGUUCUAUUACUCUUAGGAGCCUAAAAUAAAAAUUCUGACCUUAGAUGUUUGACCCUCAAAUCAUAGGACAUUCAUAGGAGGCAAAUAAGUGGUUCUGAUAUCCAAGUGCAUAGGUGGUGUUUAAAUUAAAAAUUGGUCUUCAUUUAAAAACUCUAUUUUAGCCUCUGACCAGGUGUUUGACUAGAUUAUUAUGCCUAACAUGCUGGGAAAAAAUAGUAUAUUGGCAUUAAUAUGCUUCAUAUUAAAAUACUAUUAUUUUUACUUUGAGAAAUAUUGCCAGUAAACUCUACAGCAUGGAAAGCAGGCAAUACUUAAAGCCAAAUGGCACUCCAACUUAUGUCCAGUGCUAUUUUUAUGUGAAAAUACUAGCUCAAUGCCUGAGGAUCUAGGAUCAGUUACCAUGUGAUUUUAUACUUGUUUUUGGUAUCUAUGUCUAUUAAAACAACUUGGAAAUUUUAGAAUUAAGGAACAAAAAAUUAUUUACUCUACAUCCAUUUUGAGAGUUGAAGAUCAUAUCUGAUUAGAACCUUGGCAGAAUUAAUAGAAAAUAAAAUUUUGAAAAUUGGGGCUGUAGAUAGUGAACGAAAUUCAUCCUUUUUUCAGCUUAAGGUUGUUUAAUUUCUCUGUACCAGGAUAUGAUUUAGUCACAUGCUAAUGAAAUAUGUAUGUUGUAGUGGGAGACAAUGGGCUUGCUGUGUGUAAAUAUAUAUAUGUUUUAAAAUUAAUAAAUAUGAUCUUACUAAGCUCCAUAGAUGGUUUUAAUUUAGAUUUAUUU